CUGUACAGAACCAUCACUCCCACGUGAGCACAACAGGACCCUGCUGAGGUGGUUUUUGCACUGUGAAGCCACAGGUACCAGAAAAGCUAAAUGCAAAGAAUGCCACCCAAAGAAAGCACAGCGUUUGGUCUUGAACAAUCGCCAUAAACUCGGCAAUGGGACAGAUUGCCUGAGAUAUCGGCAGAAAAAUAUUGUUCAGCAAAUUAUUCUUGGCACAAACAACAAGGCCAGUAAAUGCCCUGGGAGAAGGGAACUCCCUGAUGGUGACACCCACUGUCAAAAGUAUAAAUAGAGAGUGCUGGGGAUGAAAAUUUACAGUCCUGAAUCUUAUCAGGCUGUGCACCUAAACUCGGGAUUGUGGUUAGACUCCUGCCUGCUGCCAGUAUGAGCUGUGGCACCAAAUCCUCCUCCAGCACCACCAGGAUCAGCAGCGGCGGUGGCGGAUGCGGCAGUGGUAGCGGCGGCGGAGGGGGCAGCAGCUGCGGCAUCCGCAAGUCUGGGGGAUACUCCUCAGUGUCCACCAGAAAAUACACCUCCUCUGGAGGGAGCGGAGGCUUUUCUGGGAGAAGCUUUGGUGGAGGAGGCUCCAAGAGCAGCUAUGGAGGGGGGUUCAGCAGCGGCAGCUGCGGAAGGAUUGGCCGCAGUAGCUAUGGUGGGAGAGUGAGCGGCGGCAGCUACGGAGGAGGAAUGGGUGGAAGUAUGGGAGGAGGAUAUGGAUCGUGUGGAGGUGGCUUUGGGGGCAUGGGAGGUGGUUAUGGAGGAGGCAGCUUUGGUGGUGGUUCCGGUGGAUACAGCGGGGGUGGAUUCAGUGGCUUUGGGAGCAGCGGUGGCUUUGGUGGGGGCAGCUAUGGUGGAGGCAGUUUUGGCGGAGUGGGAUUUGGUGAAGAUUCCGGACUGCUCUCCACAAAUGAAAAGCUGACCAUGCAGAACCUUAAUGACCGCCUGGCCUCCUACAUGGAUAAAGUACGAGGCUUGGAGGAAGAAAACGCUCACCUUGAACGUCUGAUCAGGGAGUGGUACCAAAAGCAAGGUCCCACUGGUUCCAAGGACUACAGCCAAUAUUACCGAACAAUUGAAGAACUGCAGAACCAGAUUGUUGGUGCAAAUGUGGACCUGAACAGGAUGCUUCUUGACAUUGACAACACCAGGAUGACUGUGGAUGACUUCAGACUGAAGUAUGAGACUGAGUAUACUCUCCACCAGAGUGUGGCAAGUGAUAUUAAUGGAUUACGUCCACUUUUGGAUCAACUGACUCUGUCCAGAUCGGACUUGGAGACACAGUUUGAAUCCCUGAAAGAGGAACUGAUCUACCUUAAGAAGAACCAUGAAGAGGAAAUGAAAGGACUGCAAACACAAUCUGGUGGUGAUGUCAAUGUUGAGGUCAAUGCUACUCCUGGCACUAAUUUGAUGGAAAAAUUAAAUGAAAUGCGUUCUGAAUAUGAGCGGCUUAUUGAGAACAACCGAAGGGAGGUGGAAAGCUGGUAUGAAACCAAGAUGGAAGAAGUUAAUCAGCAAGUCCAUUCAAGCGGCCAGGAGAUACAGUCCAGCAACCAACAGAUCUCUGAGCUGAGACGUGAAUACCAAAGCCUGGAAAUUGAGCUGCAGUCGCAACUCAGCAUGUUAGACUCUUUGCAGUCCAACCUGGAGGACACAGAACGCCGCUACAACAUGCAGCUGCAGCAGAUCCAGGGCAUGAUUGGCCCCUUGGAGGAGGAGCUGGCCAGCAUCCGCUGCGAGAUGGAGAGCCAGAACGAGGAGUACAAGAUGCUGCUGGGCAUCAAAACCCGCCUGGAGCAGGAGAUCGCUCAGUACCGGUCACUGCUUGAGGAAGGACAGCAAGACCUUGUAAUCCCAGCAGGAGGAAUAGGAGGAGGAAUGGGAGGAGGAGGAAUGGGAGGAGGAAUGGGAGGCGGCAGAAUAGGUGGUGGUGGUUUCAGUGGAGGAGGAAGAGGAGGAAGUGGUAGCAUGGUUGGUGGAAUGGGAGGAAGUGGAGGAGGAAGUGGAGGAAUAGGAGGGGGAAGCGGAGGAAGCUGCAUCAUCGGAGGAGGAGGAAGCGGAGGAGGAGGAAGGACCUCAGGAGGUGUCAGCAGUUCCCACUCCUACUCUUCAUCUUCCCAGUCUCAGUCAUGCAGGGGCGGUGGUGAAAGCCAAGGUUAUGGAAGAAAAUCCUUUGACUAAGAACUGAGGAUUCUACAGUGCAAGACCUGUCAAAGAGAAAUCGGCCCAACACCCCAGUAUUCCUCAGGCUCCUGAGGAAGGAGAUGCUCCUACCAGCUCCUCACUGCUGCUGCUCUGCCCAAAGGGUCUGUCAGAGCCGCUCUGACAGGCCAGCUGCUGUGCAUGCCAUGUGCUGCCUCUGCAUAUAAUGCUUGGUGGACACAAUCACUUGUACUUGAAAUGCUUGCUUUAAAGAUUCAACCAGUUUGUUAUUUGGUUGUUCUGUAUGAGAAAAACGUCUCUAAUAAAACUUCAUUUCUGUCUGAUGCAACCAGAAUCCCGUGUCUACGAUUUCUUUUUCCAUUCUGCAAAUGUAAACAUUUAAAAAGAAAACAGAAAGCCAUGCCAACACUUGCCUCCAGGCAGAAAGGCUAACGAUGCACUGCAACUGCUGGUAAUGAAAUUUGGAGUUAAGACUCUGUUUCUGAGCACCUGGGGCAGAUUAUAAUCUUCUUGGAGCAUCCUCUGCUGUGCCUUUGUUUUUCAUGGAGCACUUGGUAGUGCAGCUGAGCUCUGAGACUCGGCAGCAGCUGUGUCAGUCAGAGCAGACUGCAGAAUGGCAGCACAGCUGGUAAAAGUGGCCUCAAAUGAGUGUCCUCCUGGGCCUGACAGGGAGACGUGAACCAUCACAGAACCAGGACUGUGAAACAAAAGCAAAGUUUUACUUUGUGGGUCAGAAAAUCUUACCUGGCACUCAUCAGUUUAAACUGGAAAUGCACAAAUGUGGUCUGCUUUUGAACUGAAGGAAAAGAAGAGGAAGAGAGGGAAUAUAACUCACAGGGUCUUUAAGAAGAUCCCUUCAAGUUUGUAUCCACAGCAGUAUUUGCCUUCUAGUUGCGCCAAAUGAAGAACACAUGAAAGUAACCAGUGUUUAUUUUUAGUUAUAGGGAGAUCUGACUGUGAAGGACAUUGCCACAAAUCUUCCACCCACAUCCAGCCGUUACCUGCAGACGCUGCUGGCCGCAGGCGCCAAGGCAGCCCCACAACCCACCCACCUGCAGCCCCCAGUGCCUGCAGGCUGUGCUGCAGGAGCUGCGUCUGCACCUCCAGCUGAAUGUGCUCCCUGUUUUUUCAUAUUCCUUAUUUCAAAGCAAUUGUAGCACAGCUUUCUCAGCAACUGAGACGGUUUUGAUCAUCAAAACAAAAUCGGCUUGUUUUACUACAGCCCACCCCCAGGAUAAAGCCCACUUCCAGAGACUAGGCUGGAAAAACGAUUUCUCCUGCAUCCUAACAAAUCUGAGAUCAAAGGAAAUGAAGAAUGCAGCGUUGGGCCCCCACAGCAGUUGUGCACAUUUCAGGAAUCUCAGGAAUUUCUGCAUCAUGCUUCAGAGGAGAGAGCGCUGCUAAAACACGCAGAUGGUAAGCCAGAGCUUUAUUGCUUGUAAUGAGAAGCAAGCACCAGAACUCCUCAGCACUGACUGAAAGACCCAGUCCAUGGCACAGCCCCACCAGGCACUGCGAGCAGAAGCAGC